AUGUCAUCUGAUAAACCAGUCAAUACUGAUGAAAGAUUCUCAGGUGUCUUUAACGAUCCAAAGUUUAAAAAUGCCAGAAAAAAGAAUUUAAAGAUUAAAUUGGACUCUAGAUUCAGUAAGUCUGAUUUAGAAGUAAAUCGUAAAGCUAGAGUUGAUAAAUAUGGUAGAAAAAUUUCAAAUUUGAAUAAUCAGGAGGCCAAAGAUUUCGAUAAGUAUUUUGAAAAGGAAGAAGAUGGUAAAGGUGAAGAAAUUGCAGUGAAACCACUCAUUGACAGGGCUCGUGGGGAAGUUCCAAGUGAUUACCAAAGUUCCUUAGAUGAUUAUACGUCAUCUGAAUCUGAAGAUUCUGAAGACGAAGACUUAGAAAGUGAAGGUGAAUCAGAAGCUGAAAUUGAAGAAACUAAGCCAGAAUCUGGUGAUUCUUCAAAGACUAUUGCUGUUGUCAAUUUGGAUUGGGAUCAUGUCAAAGCUACUGAUUUGUUAGUAACAUUUUCUAGUUUUGUUCCAAAAGGUGGUAAAAUUGAGAGAAUCGCUAUUUUCCCAAGUGAAUUCGGUAAGCAGCGAAUGGAAAGAGAAGAACUUGAAGGUCCUCCAAAAGAAUUGUUCCAAAAAAAGAAGAAGAAAAAUUCGAAGAAAAGUAAUGCAGAAUUUAAUGAUGAUUCAGACGUCGAUAUCAACGAUUUAUAUGAAGAAGGUGAUGUUGAUAAAGAGGUAGACUCAAAAUCGUUACGUCAAUACCAAUUGGAUAGAUUAAGAUACUACUAUGCAGUAGUUUUCUGUAAUAACAUAUCCACUGCUGAAGCUAUUUACAACAACUGUGAUGGUACUGAAUAUGAAUCGACUGCAAAUGUUUUUGAUUUGCGUUAUGUCCCGGAUGGUAUGGACUUUGAAGAUCAACCUUAUGAUGAAUGUACAGAACUUCCUAAAAAUUAUACACCAUUGAAUUUCACAACUGAUGCAUUACAACAUUCGAACGUAAAAUUAACGUGGGAUGAAACUCCAGCUGAUAGAGUUGAAAUAGCUAAGAGAGCCUUUACUCAAAAAGAAAUUGAUGAAAUGGAUUUUAAAGCAUAUUUAGCUUCUGACAGUGAAGAAUCUGAAGGAGAAAAUGAAGAAGUAAAAAAUAAACUGAAAUCCUUAGUUGGUCUAUCAAUGAAAAUUGGUGACAAGUCAAUCAUGGAUAACAAAUCUGACAACGAGGAUGGUGAAGUUGAUAUGGAAAUUACAUUUACACCAGGUCUAGCUGAAAAUGAUAACAAUGAUAAAGAAGAGGAAAAUGAAGAAACGACAAUCGAAAAGGUUAGACGUAAAGAAAAGGAACGUCGUAAGGCUAGAAAACAAAAAUUAAAGGAAAUAAAGCAAAAUUCAGAACAAGAAAAGAGAGAGAAGUUAAAGUCAUUGAAGACUGAAAGGUCAAAGAAAUCGGAAGAUACUGAAUCAGAUAAGAAUGCAAAGGCUGAAUUAGAAUUGUUAAUGAUGGAUGAGGAUGAAAUAAAUGGAACUAGCACCAUAAAUAAGAAGGCACAUUUCAAUAUGAAGGAAAUUUUGAGAUCCGAAAAAGAAAAAACGAAGAAAUCUAAGUUCCAAAAUAAGGAAAAAAUUGUUGAGGAUAACUUUAAGGCAGACUUAAAUGAUCCUAGAUUCAACGAAAUGUUUGAAGAUCAUGAUUUUGCCAUUGAUCCAACUCAAUCAGAGUAUAAGGAAACUGCAGCAAUGAAGGAAAUAUUGAAGGAAAGAUCGAAGCGUUCCACUAUGAAAAAAGCCAAUAGAAGUGAAAAGAGAAAAAUCUCACCAUCAGACGGAAGCCAAAAAGACAUUUCAAAUAUUGUCAAUAAAUUAAAGAACAAGAACAAGAAAUCUAAACGUUAG